UCUCGGCCGGGGGGGCGGGGCCUCCGCCCCCUGGGUAUAAAAGCGCGGGGCUGGCAGCCGGGCGGUCUCACUCGGCCGGCGGCAGCGGACCAGGCGGCACCGCGCUCCUCAGCUCCGCCAGCAGCAUCCCCGCAGCCCCCGCCAUGGAAGAGGAGAUCGCCGCGCUCGUCAUCGACAAUGGCUCCGGCAUGUGCAAGGCCGGCUUCGCUGGGGACGACGCCCCCCGCGCCGUGUUCCCGUCCAUCGUCGGCCGCCCCCGGCACCAGGGCGUGAUGGUGGGCAUGGGGCAGAAGGACAGCUACGUGGGUGACGAGGCGCAGAGCAAGCGUGGCAUCCUGACCCUCAAGUACCCCAUCGAGCACGGCAUCGUCACCAACUGGGACGACAUGGAGAAGAUCUGGCACCACACCUUCUACAACGAGCUGCGCGUGGCCCCCGAGGAGCACCCGGUGCUGCUCACUGAGGCGCCCCUCAACCCCAAGGCCAACCGCGAGAAGAUGACGCAGAUCAUGUUUGAGACCUUCAACACCCCGGCCAUGUACGUGGCCAUCCAGGCCGUGCUGUCGCUGUAUGCCUCUGGCCGUACCACCGGUAUUGUUAUGGACUCCGGGGACGGUGUCACCCACACCGUGCCCAUCUACGAGGGCUACGCUCUGCCCCACGCCAUCCUGCGCCUGGACUUGGCUGGCCGUGACCUGACAGACUACCUCAUGAAGAUCCUGACAGAGAGAGGCUACAGCUUCACCACCACGGCCGAGAGGGAAAUCGUCCGUGACAUCAAGGAGAAGCUGUGCUACGUCGCCCUGGACUUCGAGCAGGAGAUGGCCACCGCUGCCUCUUCCUCCUCCCUGGAGAAGAGCUACGAGCUGCCUGACGGGCAGGUGAUCACCAUCGGCAAUGAGCGGUUCAGGUGUCCAGAAGCCCUCUUCCAGCCAUCCUUCCUGGGCAUGGAGUCCUGCGGCAUCCACGAGACCACCUUCAACUCCAUCAUGAAGUGUGACGUGGACAUCAGGAAGGACCUGUACGCCAACACGGUGCUGUCCGGCGGCACCACCAUGUACCCCGGCAUCGCCGACAGGAUGCAGAAGGAGAUCACAGCCCUGGCGCCCAGCACGAUGAAGAUCAAGAUCAUCGCCCCGCCGGAGCGUAAGUACUCGGUCUGGAUCGGUGGCUCCAUCCUGGCCUCGCUAUCGACCUUCCAGCAGAUGUGGAUCAGCAAGCAGGAAUACGAUGAGUCCGGCCCAUCCAUUGUCCACCGUAAAUGCUUCUAAAUGGACUGCUAGCAGGUGCGCCGCAUCUGCUGCAUGAGUUGUCUCACUAGUAUAUGUUUGCCCAGGCAAAUCUAUACACCUCAUGCUAGCCUCAUAAAACUGGAAUAAGCCUUCUUUCAAAA